AAAUUGAAACCUGUUACAGCUGGACUCUGGCCAUAAUACUCAUGGUUCUAGUAUUUGUAGGAUAAAAGGAGUGAAGGCAGACCCAGUGGGCUAGUAAUACAAGUUGUUAUAGUUAUCCACCCAACUCCUAUCCUGGUGCUUGACUAAGGGACGAAUAAUUUUUUGUGGUGCUUAAAUUAGACUGUUCUCUGCUAUAUGCAGCUUGCUGUGUUGUUGCCAAAGAUACUGUUGGGAAGCAAAUUUCUAUUGCAUUUCUGGAACGCAUGAAAGCAGACUUUAAGAAAAGAUAUGGGGGUGGAAAAGCGGAUACUGCUACUGCCAAGAGUCUCAAUAAGGAGUUUGGGCCAAUUAUGAAAGAACACAUGAAGUACAUUAUUGAACAUGCUGAAGAGAUUGAAAAGCUUUUGAAAGUGAAGGCUCAAGUUUCAGAAGUUAAAAGUAUAAUGUUGGAGAACAUUGACAAGGCUCUUGAGAGAGGGGAAAACCUAACGACUCUAGCUGACAAGACAGAGAACUUACGUAAUCAGGCCCAAGAAUACAGGAGACAAGGGACACAAGUCCGCCGGAAGAUGUGGUAUCAAAACAUGAAGAUUAAGUUGGUUGUUCUUGGAAUAUUGUUAAUGCUAGUCCUAAUAAUCUGGCUCUCCAUAUGUCAUGGAUUUGAUUGCACCAACUAGCAAUUCCUGCACUCUCGGAGCUCUAAAAUUUUGUGUUAUACAGCAGUCAAGUACUCUUCUUUAAACACGAAUAGAGAGACACCGCCAAGAAAAAGAGAAAUUGUCCCAUUAGUUUUUAAAAUAGUGAUCUUGUAUAAAAACUACAUCAAUUUCUUGUUUCCAAACUGUAUCCUUAAUUCCUUAUCUCUUUUUUGAUGUAUAAAUUUGCUCAAGAAAGUGCUUUUCACUUC